AUGUACUGGCGCAAGAGUGCCGACAGGCCUGGAGAAUUCAUGUGCAAAGAAUGUGAACAGUCCAUGACCCGCGGCGGCCGCCGCACCACCUCCAUCGCCGGUCGUUGUUCCGCUUGCGACAAGCGGAGCGAUGACAUGGUGUACGGAUUCGACCUGGGUGUCGAGUGCUACGCGCAUGCAGCGUGUAACGAGUGCAAAACCACGUCGACGUGUCAAUGGCACAUGUGCGACGAGGUCACGGACACAUAUAUACGCAAACGUAACCGCAAAGUGGGUUACGUCUGUGCGGACCUCGGGGGCGUGAAGGGACCGGCGCGUUGGGUCGACGCCAUCGACCCCGACGGCAUCCCGAUCAAGCUCUGCGGCACGUGCUGGGCAAAGCGUGUCCUGCGUACCAAGUUGUACGCAGACAUUGCUGCCGCCGAGCGGGCCAUUGCCUCGGGUACCCUCUUGCCCACCACUUCCAACAACCCCACCUGCAUCCUCGGAUGCAGGUGUGACAAGUCGACCCCUUCCGUCUGGCAACCCGCCGACGCAAGGAAGAACUCGCUCAAGCACAAGUUCAAGCCUGGCGAGGCGUACUACCUGUGCAACGCCCACCAGCUCAAGCUCGAGAAGCUGGGUGCAGCGUCUGGCCACAAGUGUGCCAAGUGCAAGGGCACCAGGACGGUGCGCUGGCACAAGGAAGCCACCGGAAAGCCUGGCAAGGAGGUGAGCAACCGGUUAUCAAACAUCACUGACACUACUCUCAGUACAUUUGCCACGCCUGCUAUAACGACCAGCUCUUCUAGUCGGCUUAGCGGCGAGGUGGACGGCGCAACGAUGGAUGUAGGGCCAGCUAGGGAGGGGUCAAUGACUCGAAUGCAGCGCCUGGGCUUGUACGAGGUCCGUCGAGAAGCGUGGUAG